AUCACGGCAUGUGUCACCAAUGGACCGCGAAACGGGCCUAUUGUGCUCGUCAUGCCAUUCGUAAAAGGGGCCGGGUAUCGGGUGCCACUUUUCGUGGCGUCCUGGGAUAUGUCUAUAUAUGUAAACGAUGGCCGGCUGCGCAUGACUUCGGCAGGCCGUCUGAGACUGCUGCACGUUUGACUGUCAUUUCCCCUUCCUCAUCCUCUAGACUCUCUCGAGAGUGUGUGUUGUGAAAGAAAAACCCUUUUUCGUUUGCGAAAAAAAAUGUCCCUCAAGCAGCAUGGCCGCCAGUACGACCUGGUCGUCUUUGGUGCCACUGGAUACACCGGGACGUUCGUGGCGGAACACAUCACGACACACCUGCCGACCAAUUUGAAAUGGGCGGUUGCAGGUCGAUCAGAGUCGAAACUUCAGCACCUCGUUGGCGAGUGCAAGAAGCUGAGCCCCGACAGAGUGCAGCCUGGAAUUGAAAUCUGCAGCCUCAACGACGAGGACCUCGAGGCCCUCGCCAAAAAGACGUACAUCCUCAUCACCACCGUCGGCCCUUACGCGCAGUACGGCGAGCAUGCAUUCAGAGCCUGCGCCGAGAACGGCACGCACUACCUGGACGUCACCGGCGAGACCCCCUGGACCGGCACGAUGAUCAAGAAGUACGAGGGUCUCGCGCAGGAGACGGGCGCGAUGAUGUUUCCGCAGAUCGGAAUCGAGUCCGCCCCGCCUGACCUCGUCACGUGGGUGCUGGCAAAGCAGGUCCGCGAGAGGCUCUCGGCCCAGACCGGUGCCGUGACGGUGUCUAUCCACCAGCUGGAUGCGGCUCCGUCGGGCGGUACCCUGGCGACGGUCCUCGGCCUCUUCGACUCGUUCACCCUCUCGCAGGUGAGGGAGCAGCACAAGCCAUAUGCUCUCUCGCCCGUCCCGAACCGCAGCAAGGGUCAAUUGCAGACGUCCCUGCUCACCAAGCUGGUGGGAUUGCGAAAUGUCCCGAACCUGGGACUGAUGACCACGUCCAUUGCCGGGAUGACGGACACGCCCAUCGUCCAAAGAACGUGGGGUCUCUUCGCAACCCUGCCUUCGCGCGAGAAGCAGUUCUACGGACCCAACUUCUCGUUCCACGAGUACAUGCGAGCCAAGGGCCACCUCCGGGGAAUCGCCAUUCACUGGGCCCUCGCCUUCUUUGGCUUGUUGCUUGCGACUGCGGCGCCCUUCCGGAAGCUGGUCAGGAUGUUCGUCUACCAGCCCGGCGAGGGGCCAGACAAGGAGGCGUGCAAGAAGGACGAGAUCGAAUAUCGUGGCACUGCCAUCCCGGACAGGGGAUCCGAGACGGGAUAUCCCCAGGCGUUCUGCCGUGCGUGGUACAACGGCAGCAUGUACUACUUGACGGCCGUCCUGUUGGCCCAGGCUGCCUCGACGCUUCUGGAAGAGGACGUCGACUUGCCCGGCGGUGUUUUUACUCCGUCGUGCCUGGGGCAGCCUUUCAUAGACCGGUUGCAGGGAGCUGACUUCAAAUUUGAGUCGGAGAUACUGGAAAACUAGCAACGAGGCCUGGGCUGGGGCAAGUCAUGUUUCGACCUUGGCGGUGCUGUUGAAACCAUGGCCUGUAGUGAGUUUUUGUUUAGUGAUAAGGAUGCUACUAUAUUUGCCUGAAUGUGGCAGUUAAUAGACGCCAUUUUUGUGUAAGUCGAGCAGAGCUGCCAAGUUGCACGAGGCGAAAGCCAUCGCCGUCAACGCAGCCAUGCCCGGGAAUCGUCAGAU